GCCUCCGGCAAUAAGGUGAGCCGGCAGUCCGUGCUGUGCGGCAGCCAGAACAUCGUUCUCAACGGAAAGACGAUAGUUAUGAACGACUGCAUCAUCCGCGGUGACCUGGCCAACGUGCGGGUUGGACGGCACUGCGUGGUGAAAAGCCGCAGUGUCAUUAGACCGCCCUUCAAGAAGUUUAGUAAAGGGGUGGCUUUUUUCCCUCUCCACAUUGGCGAUCACGUCUUCAUAGAAGAGGAUUGCAUUGUCAACGCCGCCCAGAUCGGCUCCUAUGUCCACAUAGGCAAGAACUGCGUCAUCGGUCGUAGAUGCGUUUUGAAAGACUGCUGCAAAAUCUUAGACAACACAGUGCUACCUCCUGAAACCGUGGUCCCGCCUUUCACAGUCUUCUCGGGCUGCCCAGGACUCUUCUCAGGGGAGCUCCCGGAAUGUACCCAGGAACUGAUGAUUGACGUUACAAAGAGCUAUUACCAGAAGUUCUUGCCGCUCACUCAGGUGGCCUCUGCCAGGGUCUAAAACCAAGUCGCCACUGAAGAUCUCAAACACUCAGCACCGUUAACAUUCCUUAGAUUUGGCCACUUUAUCCUGCUGCCCGCUGAAGCGUCGCUCUGCCCUGGGCUCUCCUCUCCGCCUCUGCCAGCUCUGGGAAGAUGGAGCACCAGGAGGCUGCAGUGAGCUCCUGCAGCCC